AUGACUGAAUACCGGUCUGUCGCAGGCAUCGCUGUCUAUCGUGAUCCAAUAUCGCAAGAAACGCAACAAGACGCUAGCAACGAUUUGCACAACAUCUAUCGGGAGCCUGGACAAAGAGUAUAUUUGCUGGUGAAAAAGCCCAGAGUUGAUCACAGCUGGCAAUUUCCUCAAGGCGGAUUGAAAAAGAAGUGCAAUGAGUCUGUUGUUCAGGGAGCACUGAGAGAGCUGUCUGAAGAAUGUGGCAGUGAUCUAGCAGUAGAUUUGAUCGAUGCAGAUGCUCCGUUUUGUAUCUAUCAAUAUCCUUUUCCACCAGAAUUCAUCAAAUCAAAAAAGAAGAAGAAGCAAUAUGCUGGCGCCAAGGUUCAAUUCGUCCGAGCAAAAUGGGCCAGUGGACAAUGCCAACCUGAUGGCCAUGAGAUUAUUGAUUUUGCUUGGUUGACCAACAAGGAAAUACUCGAGUUUGUGUCCCCGGAUUAUGCUACUGGCAUACAAGCAUUGAUAUCAGAUGAAACAACUGUAUAA